GAUGUCCGGCGCGGUGCUGCUCGCGGUCCUGCUGGGGGGAGGGGGGGCGGUCCUGGUGGCGCGGACGCUCUUCUGCAGACGCGCGCGCGCUCUCUGCCUCGGCGCCGGUAUAAUGCGCGGGAAAACGGUGCUGGUGACGGGCGCGAGCAGCGGGAUCGGUAAGGCGGCGGCGGCGGAGCUGUACCGGCUGCACGCGCGGGUCAUCAUGGCGUGCCGAGACCGCGCGAGAGCGGAACGGGCGGCCGCGGAGAUCCGCGCAUGCGCAGGACCGAGUGACGGCGCGCUGAUCAUCAAACACGUGGAGCUGACGUCACUGAGAUCCGUGCGCGAGUUCUGCCGGGAAAUCACCGAGGAGGAGCCGAAGCUCGAUGUGUUGAUUAACAACGCGGGUGUGUUCCGCUGCCCGUACUCUAAAACGGAGGAUGGAUUUGAGAUGCAGUUGGGCGUGAACCAUCUGGCUCACUUCCUGUUAACCAACCUGCUGACAGAGCUGAUGGUGCGCUCUGCCCCCAGUCGCAUCCUCGUCGUCUCCUCCAAACUUUACAAACAUGGCAGCAUCCGAUUCGAUGACAUAAACAGCGAGCGCAGCUACGACCCGGCCUUCUGCUACAGCCAGAGUAAACUAGCUAACCUCCUGUUCACACACGAGUUAGCAAGGAGACUUGAGGGGCGGGGCGUGACCGUGAACUCCCUCUCACCUGGGAUGGUCAGGACCAACCUGGGCCGCCAUGUCCGGGUCCACUUCCUGCUGAAGCCCCUCCUCUUCCUGGUGUCAUGGCUGUUCUUUAAGAGUCCAGAAGCGGGGGCUACGACACUGCUACAUCUCGCGUGCUCUCCUGUUGUGGCUAACGUGUCAGGGAAGUUCUUCUCCAACUGUCAGGAGGAAGCGCUCCUGCCCAAAGCCACGGACGAUGAUACGGCAAAGCAGCUAUGGGACCUGAGUGAGACCAUGGUCGGGAUGAAGGGCUGAGCCAUUCCUCGUUGGUUAAAUGUGUUGAUAAUUUUUGUCUGCUUCUAAUGAAACACAUAUAAAUUAUUAAACCCCCCAAACCUCCUUCUCCCUUCUGGCCCCCUCUAUCCCCCCCCCCAAAGCAGUAACACUCAGACUGUUGCUUAAUAAACCUGUUGUUUUUAUAAA